AUGGCUUUCGAGCAGGGUGCGAGUGAUCUGACGGCCGACUUUUUGCAGCGCGAGAAGCAGGCGGCGGGGGUGCUGCUGGGCGAUGAUGAGGCGCUGUUUGGCGCGCCGAGUGCGGGUGAGCAUGACUUUGAGCGCCGUGCACGCGAGUUUCCCGCGUUGGACGACGACGGUGCGUUCGAGGCGGCGCUGUCGAAGAGUGAAGAGGCAACUGCUGCGCAGCCGGUGCCUGUGACAUCGGACGAGGACCGCUUCCGUGCGUCGUACCCGGAUAUCGAUGCGCCUGUCUCGGGUCUGGACGCCGAGGAUGCGCAGCACGCGUGGGAAGCGACGGCGCCGCGCAUGCAAAAAGAGACGCUGUAUGAGUUGGAGAGGGACGUGCCGGCCCCUGCGCCGGAGGCUGAGCCAGCGCCGCCGGUGACGGAGCCUGUGGACGUGGGCCCGACGCCGUUCACGUACGAGGCGCUGGACGAGGAGACGGAGGCUUUGCGUUCGUGGCGCGAGCGCCAAGCGGACGACGUGGCGCGCCGCGAGGCCCAGGCGGAGCGCGAGCGUGCUGAGGCUGUAUCGCGCGCCGAGCGGGAGAUGGACGAGUUUUAUGCCAACUACCGUGCGCAGAAGGAGAAGAAUAUCAAAAAGAACAAGGAGGACGAGGCGCAGUUCCAGCAGCAGCGGCAGGCCGAGCUGGCCGAGGGCACGACGUGGACGCGCAUCACCAAGCUCCUCGAUCUGCAGCAUAGCCAGAGCAAGACGAUCGCGAAGGGCGGCGCUGGCUCGAGUGACCUGACGCGCAUGAAGGACCUGUACCUGCGCCUGCGUCGCGAAGGCGACAAGGCGCCUGGUGCUGCCGGAUACUAG